ACCCUAUCGCUGAUUGGGUAGGAACAGCUUUCAAGAUGUCUGCGGCCUUGGCAGAGCAUGUUGUUGCUGAUGCUGGAGCUUUCCUUAAGAAUGCACCUUUACAGGACAUUGGGAAGAACAUUUAUACCAUCAAAGAAGUUGUGAAUGAAAUCCGUGAUAAGGAAACAAAAAAAAGGCUUGCCUUUUUACCAUACACGCUUCAGUUCAAGGAUCCCUUUCCGGAGUUCAUUCAAUUAGUGACUGAAUUCUCCAAAAAGACAGGUGAUUACCCCAGCUUGUCAGCUACAGACAUCAAGGUUUUAGCCUUGACCUACCAGCUUGAGUCGGAACAUGUGGGCAUCAACCAUCUGAAACAAGAACCAGAAAGAAAAGUCCAAGUGAGCAGCACUAGACAACAUCCAGAGGCCCCAGUAAAUAUUGCUGGAUUUCAUCUACCUUCAAAGAAGCACCAAGAAAAUGCUGCUGGAAUCUGUUCCACACAGACCCCAGAGAGCUCAGAGUUCAACACCUUCCAGUUCUGGAGGAAUCCACUGCCCAGCAUAGAAACUGAUCUAUUGGAGUUACUGAGUGCUGAGUUGGUGUCAGUAGCAGACAGCUCCACAGGUGUAGGGGAUCAUCUUUCCAGAAAGAGUCAUGAAGGGGAUGGGGACUCUAAAGAAAGGAGUGAGGAGGAGGAAGAGGAGGAAAACACAGGGGAGGCUGGUGGUGGUGGUGGUGAUGAUUAUGAUGAUGAUGGAGGUUGGAUAACCCCCAGCAAUAUCAAACAGAUUCAACAGGACAUGGGGUGCUGUGAAACUCCUUCCAAAAUGCAAGUUGGCUGUCUGACUACAGAUUUCGCCAUGCAGAAUGUUCUCAUUCAGAUUGGGCUCCAUGUACUCUCGGUCAGCGGAAUGUUAAUCACUGAAGCCAGGAGUUACAUCCUGCGGUGCCACGCAUGCUUCAGGACCACAUCCAACAUGACAAAAGUCUUCUGCCCAAACUGCGGGAAUAAAACCUUGAAGAAAAUUGCAGUGACGAUAAAGGAGGACGGCAGUUUCCAGAUGCACUUCUCACGCAACCCCAAGGUGCUGAAUCCCAAAGGAAUGCGGUACUCCCUCCCAAAGCCCCAGGGUGGGAAGCAUGCUAACAACCCCCACCUUGUGGAGGACCAGCACUUCCCACAGCAGCGUCUGUCCCGCAAGGCCCGGCAGAAGACCAACGUCUUUGACCCCGAUUACACCGCCGGGGGGUCUCCCUUCGCAGAGAACGACAUCUACAGCCGGGCGGCUAACCUCAACAUCCGGGACAGCCAGUGCGGGGCUGGCCGCCGCAGGGUAAACCCCAACGCCGCCAACAAGAAAUUUGUCAAGAAAAGAUGAAAAUUCAGCGUGCAAUAUUUAUGUUCCGACUACUUUGAUCAAUGUUGCAAAAUUAAACCUGUAUGCCGGUAAAAGCAAAGGACUUAAAACAGAGACAAGCAAGCAAUUUUAGACUUGUUAAAAUUGAAGCUGCAAUCUUAAGUAAAGCUUAGACAAAAAAACACUUUGAUAUCGCCAUUCUUCAGUUUAAAUUCAAUACGACCCCCUUUAUUCUUUAAUAGAAUAGCAAGAAGUAGAAAGAGGUGCUUGAUAUGAAGAAUUUGACCAAACAUAUAGGUACAUCUCUAAUUUGUGUAAGAUAAAACUGAUCAAACAGUGCUGUGUGCAGGGAGGUGAUUUAGUCUGUUAUUUAGUGCUGACGUGUAAGUUCGUGAAUGUACAAAUCCCUCCCAAAUACUAAUUGUCAGACAAUAACAGCUUUGUACACUACUGUAAAAUGUGCAAAUUACAUUUUAUGGGGAAAUCUUAUUUUACGCUGGUUUGAUGGAGAAUCUCCAUUUACAGCGGCACUGAAUUUAGCACAGUGCAGCAGUGAAGCAGACAAUUCUAACCACUGUUCUGAGUAAUAGAAAGUUUAUGUAUGUGAGAUGCACAGUAAUGGCAUUUUAUCUUCUGCACUGCAGUAUGUAGAUGGGGUUUAACAGGAAGCAUGUAAAAACUGUUUAACUAAAUAAGGACCCGUAUAUUGUUGACAUGCAACUUAUUUUGAUCAAUUUCGAAGUAGUCUGCAACCAUGACACACAGUUGUAAUGUACUGUACAAUUUACAAAGGUUGGAUUACAGCCUGUGGAAAAUGAGGCCUUAUUCCAAAUCAUUACAUUCAAGCAAUAAAAUGUGUUAAGCAUAUUCA